AAGAAACUCUUUUGGUUAAUAAAUAGAUUAUAAUUAAUAAAGUAACCAAAAUAAAAGUAGAAUAAUAUUACCUUCACUUGAUCCUUACUAAUAAAAGUUAACAAAUUAAAUAAAAAAUAAAAAAAUAAAAAAAUAAGGUAAAUAAAGCUGAAUUUAUAGUAAAAUUUUAAUCAAUAAACGCUUGAACAUAAUUAAAUGAAUAAAACUAUAGAUGUUAAAUAAAAACAUGAUAAUACAACUUUUAUAAUUAGAAAGAACUCAUAAUUAUAAUCACCUUUAAAAUAAUAUCUAACACCUUAAAUAAAAGCCAGUUUUAAUUAAGAUUGUAAUAUUAGUUGUUCACCAAAUAAAUUAGUUUCUGUUUUCUAAUUUGAAGUAGAAUAACCAUAACCUGUAUAAGAUAAUACUGAUUAAUAAUCCUAUAAUUAUUCGUAUCAAGAUGCUCGAGUAAACCUUAAAAAAAGUAUAUAUAUUAAUGUUAUUUUAUUAUUAAUUAAUAGAAAUUUUAUAAUUUUUUUUUAAUUUAAAAAGGGUAACUUGAAAAAAAUUUAAAUAAUAUCAAAUUCGAAAUCAAGACCAGGACAAUAUAGCCCAAAUAUUUAAAAAACAAACUAAGAUUCGAUAAUAAAUAUGGUACAAUUAGGAACUGAUAAAACUUUUUGUUUUUAUGGGGUAUGUGAUGGGCAUGGUGAAUAUGGAGAUUAAGUUUCAAAUCACAUAAAGAAGAAACUUUCGUAAAUUCUUUUAAAGAAUAUAAAGAUAAGUUAAUAAUAAAAAGCAAAUGAAUUAAAUCUCCAAAAUACAUUAAAUAAAACUUUAAAAUAGGUUUCUUAAGAAUUACUAGAUUCUAAAAUGGAUACUUAUUUAAGUGGAUCGACCUCUGUUACCAUAUUAAUACACAAUAAUACUCUUUAUUGUACAAAUAUAGGCGACUCUAGAGCUAUAAUAGGUCGUUUAGUAAAUAAAGGAGGAGGUAAAAAUGAAUGGAAAUCGAUUUAAUUAAGCGAAGAUCAUAAACCAAAUUUAGCUAGAGAAAAAAAACGUAUUUUAGAACAUGGAGGUAGAGUGGAAAUCUAAACCGAUGAAAAAGGAUAAAAAUAAGGUGUUUAUAGAGUCUGGAAUUAAAAAAUGGAAUAUCCAGGUUUAGCUAUGUCAAGGUCAUUAGGAGAUAAAGCAGGAAGAGAAGUAGGAAUUAUUUCAGAACCUGACAUUUAUGAACUUCUUAUUUAAGAAGAAGAUAAAUUCAUUGUUAUUGCGAGUGAUGGAGUUUGGGAAUUUAUGUCUAAUUCAGACUAAAUUGAAUAUUAUUGA